AAUGACUAAUAAUCAGCCUCGCUCGUUUGAAUUUAAUCCCCGCUUAAACUUCAACUGAGGUAUCAUUUUAGUGUAUUGAAACUGUUGCGUUAAAUCAUUUCCAUCCUUCGAGAAGUUAAGUCACUGAAAAUGAAGGUGUUGCUAGCGGUAAUUGCCGCACUCACAGUCAGCCUUGGAGCUGCACUCGAUCCUCAUGAACACAACAAGGUUGUCUGUUAUUGGAAUUCUACUUCAUUUGAACGUCCAGGACCAGGAAAAUUCCAAAUAGAUGAUUUAAAACCAGCAUUGCCUUUCUGUACGCAUCUAAUCUACGGAUUCGCGGGCGUAGACGCUAAUAGUUUUGAAGCGAUUCCUCUGCACCCAAAUCUAGAUACCGGCGCGGGAUAUGCAUUCUACCGAAUUGUCACUCAACUGAGACAAACUUAUCCUCAUCUGAAAGUGUACCUCAGUAUCGGUGGAAACGCCGACCCCGACUAUGAAACACACAAAUAUUUAACUUUGACUGAAACCCCAGAAACACGCACCAGAUUCAUAAAUUCCGUGAUGCGGCUUGUAAACGAGUACGACUUUGACGGAAUAGAUCUAGCCUGGGAGUUUCCCGAGACCAAAGUAAAAAAACACCGCAGCACACUCGGCAAUGUCUGGCAUAACAUUAAAAAAGCAUUCGGCGGCGGUAAAUUCAAGGACGAGAAAGAAGAGGAGCACCGAAAUGGAUUUACAAAUCUAGUGCGUGAUCUCAAGGUUCAAUUAAGAUCAAGAAAUAAGGCCUUGACACUCACCGUGUUGCCUCACGUCAAUGCCACCAUUUACUACGACGCGAGACUCCUCGCUCCCAACAUCGAGGCCGUUCAUUUGAUGGCCUUCGAUCAAGUAACACCCGAAAGAAAUCCCAAAGAAGCUGAUUAUCCAGCGCCGAUUUAUGAAAGUUACAACCGCGUUCCUCAAGACAACAUUGAUGCUGCUGUCAGAUACUGGCUGGAACAUGGAACUCCCGGUGGUAAAAUAGUCAUAGGAAUACCAGCAUUCGCACGUACAUGGAAAUUGACAUCAGAAAGCCAAAUCUCUGGAGUACCACCGAUCGUAGCUGAUGGACCGGGUGCCGAGGGACCACAUACAGCAACUCCAGGUAUAUUGGCAUACGGAGAAGUGUGCACACGUCUGACAGAAAGCCAUGUCGGUAGAUUAAGACGCGUUGGUGAUCCAUCUAAAAAAUACGGCAGCUACGCGUAUCAAUCUUACAAUCCUGAGACAGGCGUUGACGGAAUAUGGGUCGGGUACGAAGACCGCGACACUGCGGGAAACAAAGCUAGUUAUUCCAAAGCCAAGGGUCUCGGUGGUGUUGCCAUUUGGGAUCUUUCUACAGAUGAUUUCCGAGGCAUUUGCGCUGGCGAUAAAUUCCCUAUCGUUCAUGCUGCUAAAGAUAAACUGUAAACUAUAAUUAUUAUUAUUAAUAUUACCUCAUUAUCAUUUAAUACAACUGUUUCUUUGUUAAAUAAUAAAAGUUUCAUAUAUUAAAGAUGUAAUUUUAAUAUGUUGAUAAAAUAAAUAUUUUAACAAUUUGCUAAUUGCAAAUAA